CUAAUCUACUAGACAACAUAUAACGUCAUGUCCACCCUUGAUGCGGUUGUUGCUUCUAAUAACUAUUUUACUGCAGAGCUAGCGAAAAAAAUUAGCAGUGAUGAGAAUAUUGUGAUGUCCCCUCUUAGCAUGCUAACUGCUCUGGCACUGGUUUGUCUUGGAGUCAAGGGUAAAACUGAAGCACAAAUGAAGAAGGUUCUACACUUUGAAAGCUGCACAGAUAUACAUUCUGGGUUUAAACAACUGUUAUCAGCACUCACUGAGACUGAAGAAUAUAUACUUAACAUUGACAACACACUCUUUGUUGAAGAAACAUUUAACAUAUCUGAAACGUUCAUUAAUGUUUCUAAAGUAUGGUACAACUCAAACCCAGAAUUAGUUGACUUCAAAAAUCAUCCAAGAGGUUCCUGGGAGUAUAUAGUUAACUGGCUUAAAGGAAAGACUGAAGAUACCUUUCAAAACAUGUCUUUGGACUCCAUAACUAAUAAUACAAAGAUUGUAGUUGUUAACACAGCAUAUUUACUGGCAAACUGGACACAGAGUUUUCAUCAGCUUCACACACAAAAUGAAUCAUUUACUCUGAGCACUAAUGAAAUAGUAUAUACACAGUUGAUGAGCGUAGAGGGUUAUUUUAAUAUCCGAGAAAUAACAGAUGAAAUGUUAAGUAUCAUCGAGCUUCCAUAUGGAAAAAGUAAAAAUCUGCGCAUGUAUGUCAUAUUGCCAGGUACAUAUGAUGGUUUAAAAAAGAUUCAACAAAAUAUAUCAUAUGAGCAGCUUAAUGACUGGACCAACCCAGAGAAUAUGAACAGAACAUUCACAGAGGUUUACCUCCCUCACUUUAAGAUAGACAGUAGCUAUUCAAUGAAAGAUUUCCUGCAUCAUAUGGGAAUGACUGAUGUUUUUAUUGAUACCAGAUCAAAUCUGACUGAAAUAUCCCAAGAAAGUUUGUAUGUGUCAGACAUCAUUAAUCUAGUAACCAUGGAGGCAGAUGAAGAUGGGACUAAAGAAUCAACUGAUAUUGAUGAUCAUUUGGGAUUUUUGUCCUUAAAGCUUCCACAAAUGACCUUCAAAGCAGAUCAUCCAUUCAUCUUUAUUAUACGGGAUAUGCUGAGCAAAUGUUUUAUAUUUUAUGGAGCAUUUCAAAAGCCAUGAUUAAUGUUGAGCAAAUCGAAACAUCCGAAGCAGAAUUUGAUCCAAAUCAUUUUUUUUAUCAAAAGAAAAAAAAAUUGAUUUGCCCCAAAGCUGAAUUUUUUUGCGCUUCAUGGUAGCAAAUCAAUUUUUCCUAAAAUGGUAGCUGAAAAUAAAAAAAAAUUAUACUCACCUCAUCCACUUAAUCACGGGAAGGUCUUGAUUGAAGAAAACCCAACAAAGGACCUGCUGCGAGCUUGAAGAAGUCACCACAUGAUCACGCUGGCCGCAUGUGGCGUGACCUCAGCCAUGAUGAUGUCACUGUGUCCAGCCAACGUGAUCACGUGGUGACGUCAUCAUGUUAGCCAGAGGUUCUUUGGCGGGUUUUCUUCAAUCAAGAUGAAAGCUCACGGCCAUUUUACAAAUAAGUGGAUGAGGUGAGUAUAUAUUUUUUUAUUUUUAACCCUGGAUUAACUCCUUGAGCACCUAAAUGUUAGCCUCAGAUGCC